GGUCUGGCUCUUCCUCCGCUGUUCGGGGGUCACAUUCUGGAAGCGGAGCUGGAGACGGGUGGCGUGGAGCUGGGCCCCAGCGGCACUGAGCUCCUGGAUAGCGAUGGGGCCCCGUCGGGCCCUGCACAGGACGAGGAAGAUGAGAGGAGGGAGCUGGACAAGAAGAAGCAUCAAGCUCUCAGCAAGAGGUGCAAGGAGAUUGAACAGGUAAAUGAGAAGAUUUUGGGACGCCUUCACCAGGUGCAGAGACUGACUCGCCGACUGAGGAAAGAAAGAAGGUUUCUGAUGAAGACUCUGGACUCGUAUGGAGAUGAUUACAGGACAGCACAGCUCACCAUCACACUGGAGGAUGAAGGGAAAGCAGGUUUAGAUUCAGCUGUUGGUGCUGAUGAAGAAAGCUCUUCUCCAGCGUGUCCUCAUCAGUCGGCAGCUGGACCAAAGAAAAAGAGACACCGGGUCCCAAAGGACAGAGAGAGAGACGCACAGGUAUAAGAGAC